AUGAAUCUUGCAAACUUUUCAUAUUUCACGGGCAUGUGCAACAUGACGGCAGAGUCUCAGCACUCACCAGCCGAGGCGGCCAGUCCAGUGGUGGUGUCUCCUAACGUGAGCCUGGACUCCCCGGUUCCUCUUCCACCUCUUGCGCUCAACCACCAUGCUCGAACCAAGGAUGGCAUUCUCAUCAAAGCUGAACCUCAAGGGAGCAGUCCAAACACAGACAGAGAGGAAGUUGUUUCAGUGGGUCAAACCGAAGAACAUCUGCCCGCCACUGGCAGCCGCCGGAGGAAAAGGCCAGUGCAGCGAGGUAAACCUCCAUACAGUUACAUCGCACUGAUAGCAAUGGCCAUUGCCAAUUCACCUGAGAGAAAACUCACUCUCGGCGGCAUCUAUAAGUUCAUUAUGGAGCGCUUUCCAUUUUACCGCGAGAACUCCAAGAAGUGGCAGAAUUCCAUACGGCAUAACCUCACCCUCAAUGACUGUUUUGUCAAAAUCCCCCGAGAGCCCGGUAGGCCCGGGAAAGGAAACUAUUGGACGCUUGACCCUGCCGCUGAGGACAUGUUCGACAACGGGAGCUUCUUGCGACGGAGGAAGCGCUUUAAGCGGACUGAUGUCAGCACCUAUCCAGGUUAUAUGCAAAGCUCCAGCGCCUUCACGCCCACACCUAUGGGUAGACAGGCGUAUCCCAACACCUUGUACCCGGGUGUGACAUCUGGCUACGGGUCUCAGCUGGCUGGUUCUCCGCACCCGGCGAUGCUGCAUCACUAUCAAGCAUCGGCCGGGGUCACACAGGGCCAGGCUAGGAUGUUCAGUAUCGAUAAUAUUAUUAGUCAGCAGACAGUGAUGCAAAGUGGAGGAGAUCUCAACACGCAGUCUCUCGGCCUGGGUGCUGGUGAUUUGGGUACCAUGACCUCCAGCUGCUCCGUAUCCACCUCUGACCAAACCUGCUUUCAGACACAAGCGAUUAAUCCCACGAGCAACAUGCUGAGCAGGAACACUGGAUCUCUCGCUUCAAAUAUGACAACCAGCUACACGUACCCGUCUCCGACUUCGCCUUCUCACCUGUCCGGUGUGACGCAGUCCGGCUUCUCCCCUGGAGGCUCACAGGUGUACUGCUCGGGGAACAGGAUUUCGCUGCCGCCCGUGCGUUCUGGGUCCUGCGCAGAUCACACAGAGCCGCUUUUAGGUCUCUCUGGACCAGCAAUGAAUUCCUACAAUAAUUCAUAUAUGAGACAAGCCAAUUUUGCAUCCGGACUGGAGCGAUACAUGUGAAAACUCGCGUUCAGCUGAAUUUUACUGGCCCCGACAUUGAGUUCUUGUUUUUGCUCUGUAAUAUAAGUUAUGUAGACUA